AUGUUAUGCAAAGAACCAUUUGUCUUACCGGCUGAAGAAACCACAGUAAUCGACUUAGGAAUUGCUGUGGAAGUUCCUAAAAACAGCCUGAUGCAAUUAGCAUCAAGGUCGUCGCUCGCAAAGAAAGGAAUAACCGUCGAAGGAGGAAUUGUUGAUGCAGGCUAC